AUGACGGGUCUUGAAGGUCUUGGUGCACGCUGUGCUAAGUACUACGAAGCUGGUGCACGUUUUGCUAAAUGGCGUGUUGUCCUUAAAAUCGGUGCCAACGAACCAUCAGAGCACUCUAUCCAUGAGAACACGUACGGAUUGGCCCGUUAUGCCGUUACCUGCCAAGAGAACGGAUUUGUCCCCAUUAUUGAACCCGAGAUCCUUGUUGACGAUUCACAUGAUAUUCUCAAAUGUGCUGCCAUUACGGAGCGUGUCCUUGCUGCAGCUUACAAGGCCUUGAGUGACCACCAUGUCAUCCUUGAAGGAACUCUCUUGAAGCCAAACAUGGUGACCCCAGGAUCCGAUGCACCAAAGAGUGAAGAAGAGGCCAAUGUUAACCUCAAUGCCACCAUCCAAAACACCACCACCACCACAACUCCUUCUUCUUCGAUGCAACACAACCGUAGCUCCGUUGACUCCUUUGCAUUCGCUCAAGUCACCGUCUCACUGCUUCUUCUUCGCGCAAACUCAGUCGUGGCUUAA